AUGGCAAGCAUGUGGUACUGCUGCGGCUGCAACUUCGGCCCUCUCGACGCCGAACUGCACGACUCUUGCACCAACUGUGAUCAGACUCUCUGCUCGAGAUGCCCUCGCGAAGAGUCAUCCAACACCUAUCCAAGCCACCACGCAGGCCCUCGCCAGGAGAUGUCGGCCUACCCAGGCGCACUCUCCAUGAGCAACACCGUCUCCAGGAAGUGUUCCACCCCUCCUUUGACAAGAGUUGUGGCUGGCACCGGCCUCGGUGAGCUCCACAACAUUCGAUCUCUAUCGCAAAGGAUUCCCGAUACAUCAUGCCAGUUCUUCCAGGGUGUCGCUCAAUGCUCCACUCAGACGUACAUGUACAUCUGUUGCAAGUGCGGUGAUGGACCCAAGGUCUACAAUCACCAGCCAAAUAAAGACUAUGCGAGCAUCGCUGUCUUUGCGGGCGAAGGCAGUACUUGGUCGAUGCGGACGAACCCCAUCGGACCAUAUCACUUGAUAUAA